AUGGCUAGAAAGACGGACAUCCCCUCCUCUUACUAUGGUGAGCCACGCAAGUUUGACCCAAACUUCAGAGGGCCUGUUCAUAAAAGGAGCUGCACCGAUGUGGUUUGCUGUAUUAUUUUCAUUGUUGUCAUCCUCGGCUACAUCGCCCUGGGUACCGUGGCCUGGAUCCACGGCGACCCCAGGAAGGUCGUCUAUCCAACCAACAGCCAUGGUCAGUUCUGUGGCCAGCAGGGGACCCUUAAUGCAAACAAAACCAAAUUAUUCUACUUCAACAUGUUGAAAUGUGCCAAUCCUGCAGUUUUAAUUAACCUCCAGUGCCCUACAACCCAGCUCUGUGUCUCCAAGUGCCCUGACAGAUUUGCCACUCUCCUGGAUGCGCAGAAUACCAAAAACUGGGAUUAUUACAAGCAAUUCUGCAAACCGGGCUUUGAGAUUGGCAGUAAGACAGUCGGAGAAGUCUUGCGAGAUGAAGAUUGCCCAUCUAUGAUUGUGCCAAGCAGACCUUUUCUUCAGCGGUGCUUCCCUGAUUUCAUUACAAGAAAUGGAAUUUUAACUGUAGCCAAUCAGACCAAAUUCAAUGAUGGUGUCAAUAGCCAGAGAAGUGUCAACGACCUCAAAGACGCUGCCAAGGCUGCUGCCUCUGCUCCCAGAGAGCUCUGGACAGAUAUUGAAGGAGGUGUCGCAAGUCUGCUGAAUGCCAAAGAAAUUGGCAUGAAGAUCUUUGAGGAUUAUGCAAAUUCCUGGGACUGGAUCCUCAUUGGUCUGGUGAUAACCAUGGUGGUCAGUCUGUUCUUCAUCCUACUGCUGCGUUACACCGCUGGUAUGCUCUUGUGGCUCAUUGUCUUUGGUGUCAUUGCUGCGAUCGGCUACGGUAUCUGGCACUGCUACUGGGAGUAUAGUAUUCUGAGUCGGAAGUCAGGUUCUAAUGUCACCAUCUCUGAUAUCGGCUUCCAGACAGACUUCAGCAUUUACCUCCAGCUCAGCCAGACAUGGUUCAUCUUCAUGAUCGUACUUUCUGUGAUUGAGUUCAUCAUUGUGGUCAUACUGAUAUUUCUGAGGACGAGGCUGCGCAUCGCAAUUGCAUUACUGAAGGAGGGAAGCAGGGCCAUCAGUUACAUCAUGUCUGCUCUUUUCUACCCUAUCAUCACCUUUUUCCUUCUGGCCAUCUGCAUCGCUUACUGGGCUGUCACAGCAGUCUUCUUAGCAUCAUCUGGCAAUGCAGUCUACAAGGUCAUGGCUGCUGAUGAUAAAUGCAUGUAUGCCAACCUCACAUGCAGCCCAAAGAAUUUCAGUCAGGCCAAUAUCACCAAAGUGUGCCCUGGAUCACAAUGCAUGUUUGCCUUCUAUGGUGGGGAGAGCGUGUACCACCGCUACAUCUUACUCCUCCACCUUUGCAACCUUUUUGUGUUCCUCUGGCUGGUCAACUUUACCAUCGCCCUGGGCCAGUGCACCCUGGCCGGGGCCUUUGCAUCCUACUACUGGGCCCUGAAGAAACCAAACGACAUCCCUGCCUGCCCUCUCUACUCUGCAUUUAGUAGAGCCAUACGUUAUCAUACAGGUUCCCUCGCCUUCGGUUCUCUGAUCCUCACUGUGGUGCAGAUGGUCCGUCUUGUUCUCGAGUACCUGGAUCAAAAACUGAAAGGUCCUCAAAAUUCAUUCACUCGAUUCAUUCUUUGCUGCCUCAAAUGCUGUUUCUGGUGCCUGGAACAUUUCAUCAAGUUUAUAAACAGAAAUGCAUACAUUAUGAUAGCAAUAUAUGGAAAGAGCUUCUGCACCUCUUCCAAGGAUGCUUUCUUCCUCUUGAUGAGGAAUGUUAUUCGGGUGGCUGUCCUAGACCAGGUGACAGACUUUCUGCUUUUCUUGGGAAAACUGGUUAUUUCAGGAGGUGUCGGUGUUCUUGCAUUUUUCUUCUUCACACGUAAAAUACCAGUCAUUCAAGAGGAGGUGCCCUCCCUAAAUUACUACUGGGUCCCCCUUGUGACGGUGAUAUUUGGAUCCUACAUGAUUGCACAUGGCUUUUUUAACGUGUACUCCAUGUGUGUGGACACACUGUUCCUGUGCUUUUGUGAAGACCUGGAGAGGAAUGACGGUUCUUCCUCCAGGCCCUACUACAUGUCUCCCGGCCUGCACAAGAUCCUGCGUAAAGGAGAGGAAGGUGCCAAAUUAUGCACUGCCUCUUGA